AUGCCGCGCAGGUGCACUGUGCUGUGCCGGCCGGUUGCCGCAGUGUGGGCACCGGGUGGGGCCCAGACGGUGGGCACCGGUCCCGGUCGCACGGUGCGGCUGUUCAGCCUGAACGACUACCUGGGGCUCUCGACCCACCCCCAGGUGUGCGCCGCCGCGGCCUCCGCAGCCCUGGCCGUGGGCAGCGGGCCCCGCUCCUCGGCGCUGGUGGGGGGUUACACGACGCACCACCGCGAGCUCGAGUCUGACCUGGCGACGCUGGCAGGUCAGGGCACGGAGGAGUGCCUGCUCUUCCCCUCCGGCUUCGCGGCCAACUGCUCGGUGAUGGCGGCCGUGGCGGGCAGCCCCGAGGUGGAGGUCUUCUCCGACGAGCUCAACCACGCCUCGCUGGUGGACGGCCUGCGCCUCGCCAAGGCCGCCGGCGCGCGGGUGCAGGUCUACCGCCACAAUGACAUGGCGCACCUGGAGAGCCUGCUGCAGGCCAGCCCCGCCAAGCCCACGUCCCGCCGCCUGGUGAUCACGGACACCCUGUUCUCCAUGGACGGCGACUACGCGCCCCUGGCCCGCCUCGCCGAGCUGAGGCGGGCCCACGGCUUCCUGUUGGCGGUGGACGAGGCGCACGCCACCCUGGUCUGCGGCGACAGCGUGGACCUCCACCUGGGCACCCUGUCCAAGGCCGUGGGCUGCUCCGGCGGCUUCCUGGCCUGCUCCCGCGCCUGGAAGGCCCUGCUGGUGGCCAAGGCCCGGGGCCAGGUCUUCUCCACCGCCAUGCCGGUGCCCAUGGCGGCGGCCGCCAGCGCGGCACUGCGAGUGGCCCGAGAGGAGCCGGAGCUGCGCCGGCGGCUGUGGCGCCACGUCGGCGUGCUGAGCGGCGCACUGGGCGUGCCGUCACGGUCCCCCAUCCUGCCGGUGGUGGUGGGCGCCGAGGCCCGGGCGCUGCGCCUGGCGGACGACCUCUGGCGCGCCGGCUUCCACGUCCCUGCCAUCCGCCCACCCACCGUGCCGCCCGGCACGAGCCGGCUGCGCAUCAGCCUGUCCGCCGCGCACAGCGAUGCCGAUGUGGUGGCGCUGGUGAGAGCCCUGCAGGGGCAGGGACUGGCGGGGGCCAGCGCGGCUGCGAGGCUCUGA